UUCUUCUCGUUAUAUCAGUGGUUGGUCUAUCUCUCUUUCCCUCUCUCUCUCUAUAUUAUAUUUAUAAUAAUAUCUUCUGUAAAGAUCAUAUAUCUAUACAUAUACAUAUACAUAUACAGUUCCUCUUUCAGAAAGCUAAGAAUAUUAAACUUAUUUCAGUUUUAGUUCAACCAAGAAUCUAUCUUUGCCCACCAUUAUCAACAGAGCUAAACCAACAACAACGCAAAUCUCCAAGAUCUUUCAUUUUCUUGACUCUUCAAGAUUCAGAGGGUGUAUCAUUUGGACUUUAGGCUAAUUAAGAACAUUAAUGCAUUUGUGGAGUUGAAUUGUUGAAGUCUAGAUAGAAUAGAUGGAUGUGGAUGAACAGAAUACCUCAACCUCUUUCUCAAUAGAGUCUCAAUCAACUCCACGGCGAUCAACACGACGUGAAGCUAUUUCUCAAUUUCAACAGCAGAGUCUUCCAGCUUGUAAGCCUGUCCUCACUCCAGCAUGGGUUAUUGGUACAUUUUUUAUGAUCAGUGUCAUUUUUAUUCCUACCGGAUUCAUUACUCUUCGAGCCUCUCGUAGUAUUGUUGAAAUUGUGGACCGGUAUGAUGCUGAUUGUGUGCCUGAGGAAUUUAAAAUUAACAAGGUGGCAUAUAUAAAAGAUAACUCAAUACCGAAGAACUGUACUCGGUUUAUUAAGAUUGACAAGCGUAUGAAAGCUCCAAUCUAUAUUUACUACCAACUUGAUAACUACUAUCAAAAUCACCGAAGGUAUGUCAAAAGUAGAAGCGAUCGCCAACUCUUACAUGGACUAGGCUACAAUGGCACUAGUUCCUGUCAGCCUGAAGAGUUAAGUAAUGGCCUUCCGGUUGUACCUUGUGGUCUAAUAGCUUGGAGUUUGUUUAACGACACAUAUACAUUUCUUCGUGGGGGAUCAAAAGUAAAGGUCAACAGGAAGAACAUUGCAUGGAAGAGUGAUCAAGAACACAAAUUCGGGAAGCAUGUAUACCCCUACAAUUUUCAGAACGGAACCUUGAUUGGUGGUGGAACUUUAGAUGCAAAUGUACCUCUAAGUAAGCAAGAAGAUCUUAUAGUAUGGAUGCGUACUGCUGCGCUUCCCAGCUUCAGAAAAUUGUAUGGUAAAAUUGAAGAGGAUUUGGAAGCUGGUGAUGUUGUGGUAGUGAAACUAAUGAAUAAUUACAACAUAUACAGCUUCGGGGGUAAAAAGAAGCUCGUUUUUUCGACAUCAAACUGGUUAGGAGGAAAAAAUGAUUUCCUCGGAACAUGGUACAUUAUCCUUGGUUCAUGCUGCAUAUUCGUCGCUCUUGUCUUUCUGUUGCUACACAUGAAAAUUUCAACUUCAAGGUACAUUACUAAAUCUUAUCUCACUACAAUGCUCAUGCAUGAUCUUGGUAUUUGUCAUUUCACACAUGAAAGUAGGGCAGUCGUUUACAAAUUAAGCAAAUAAUCUAAGUUGAAAGAUUUAUUAGUUGGUCAUAUGGGUCCUGUCCAGCUGUUAUUGACCUAUGACAUGUCUUCAAAUACACUCAUUCUCUAGAUGUUAAAGUGUAAGAGCAUUGCUAUUAGAUACUAGUGAUGUCUAGUACUUCUAGACAUAUCGCUUUGCGAUUGGCUAGCGAUAUUUAAUUGGACCAAUAAUAAUGUUGACACAUAGGAGGGUGCUAGGUACCACUGGUGUCUUUUAGCAAACAACUCUUAAAUUUGAUUGCCUCUCCAUUAUCACCUUCCAAUGCUAGAAAUGAAUGAAUCAAAUGAUUUAUGUUCUUUCUUUAUCCUUUGUUCAAAUUGAGCUUUUCUUUGUAUUAGACACAAAUAGUCCCUGGAGAUAAAGUAUCUAGAAUUUGGUCCUUAAGUUUCCAAUUUUUGCAAUUAAGUCCUUAACUAUCUUGUUUCCUUGAAAUUUGUAGACAAAAGGUAGUUUAGCUUUUGCAUUAACCACUAUUUUGCCCAUAUGAACUCAACCAAAUAUGCAUUUUAAGAACCCUUGAAAUAGGUCAUCAUAGCCUCAUAGUCAUAGGCAUAACGUCCUCACAAUUAGGAGGAGUUUCCAAGUUUGAAUCCCUCCAAUCCUCUUGAUCAAGUUUACUUUUUUUUAAAGAGCAUUGCUAUUAGGUACCACCUAACACCAUCUAAAGGUAGCGCGCCUUGCAAUUGGUUAGUGAUAUUUUUAAAAAUUAUUUUAUUAAAUUAUAUGAGACCCGAUACUUAAUUACACUAAUAACGCUAUUACAUCUUAGAGGAUGCUAAACACUAUUAGUGUCUUUCAGCAUUUCUCUUCCUAAAAGACCAUUUUAAAUGCUGGAUUUUUCACAUGGGGAGUUUAAAAGUUGCAUGGAAACAAAAAGAGCAUUGCUAUUAGGCACCAGUGGUGCCUAACACCUUCUCGACAUGUCACGUUGUGAUUGGCUAGCAAUACUCCCUAAAAACUAUUAUAUUAAACUAUGUGGGACCCGAUACUUAAUUAGACCAAUAGCGAUACUGACACAUAAGAAUGUGCUAAGCACCAUUGGUGCCCUUUAGCAUUUCUCAAACAAAAAAAUAUAAGGGCUUGUUUGUCGAGAUAAAAAAUUCAAGUACCAAAAUGUAAUAACUUGAAUACACCAGCGACCAUUUUGGUGACCAGUGCCAAAUACCUAAUUCUUGAAUGCUUUACACCGUAGAAUAUAUCAUAUUAUUAUUGGUGUAAUUUAAUAGUGAAUAACCUUAUAUUUUAUAUUUUAUUUUAUGGGACUCCAAACUAAACUACCUUAUUGUGUUUAUUGCUUCAUGAAUUUGCAGGACUUAUGGGGAAACACCUUGCUUAUCUUGGAACAAGAAAAGUAUUUCCAGUUGACAAAAGAAAUAGUAAUAUUAUUAUUCCCCAAAAAAUCUAACUUAAAAAAGACCAGUUUUAUUUUGAUCUGACAGAUUCUUGUGAAUUUUCCAACAUAUUCAUAGUAAAAAAGAAAAAGAAAAAAAUUAGUAUAUUGAAAUUCAAAUUUCACUGUACUUUAAAACCAUUAAUAGUGUUUUUAUGUUACUUUCA